UUGCGACUUUGUAAAUGACGUCAACAGACUCCCAGCAUGCACGCUGCAGCUCCAAUUAUUUGUAAUGGCGGGUAUUUCUGCAUGUCCUGUGAAUUGUAUUUUUUGUCUAAAUUAAUUGAAUCGUUAAUUUAGACGUUAGUCGAAAGUCUACUGUAUAUUUUAUCUAAGAGUUUUGUAGGAAACUUGAAUUGAACGUGUACAUUUAGGGGAACAAGUGAAAUUAUCAUAGGCAUGCUGUCGCGGCUCUCCGUUAGUGUAAGGAAUUGAAACUAAGUAACGUUAGCCUAUCAAUGGUUCGAAUAUUUGCUGAAAUAAAUGGUUACAGUAGCAAUGUUAGUUUAAUCUAACGCGUACCUACCUACCUCUUGGUGGUCACUCACUGUCGGAAAUGUUAAUUGAGGAUCAAAGAAUGAUACAAUUAUUGAACUGUAGUAGGCUAUAACCUCUAACAAUUUGAAUUUUAUUUUUUUAUUAUAAUAUAAUCUAUCUGGCUUUCAAAAAUGGCGGUUUUUGCGUUGAUUUCACUAUCAGUGUUUUUGUUUUUGAUAUCAAGUUCAAUUCACACCACGUGUGCCUCAAAGUUGAAUAUCCCCAAAGUUUUAUUACCACUUGCCCGAAGCACUAGAAUAAACUUUACGCUGGAGGCAACUGAAGGCUGUUACAGAUGGUCUUCCACCAGACCGGAGGUGGCCAGCAUCGAGGCUGUGGAAGUUGACGUCAGCAGACUGUGUUCCCAGAGAGCCGUCCUCCAGGCCCGCUCCACCCAGCCUUCCAGACUCACCAGCAUCAUACUGGCUGAGGAUGUCGUAACGGGACAGGUACUGCGCUGUGACGCCAUCGUGGACAUCAUCAGUGAGAUCCAGAUAGUGUCCACCACCAGAGAGCUGCACCUGGAGGACUCGCCACUGGAACUGAAGAUCCACGCCCUGGACUCUGAGGGAAACACCUUCAGCACCCUAGCAAGCCUGGUGUUUGACUGGACCAUAGUGAAAGACGCAGACAUGGAUGGAUACCUUGACUCCUACAACUCAUUAAGGGUUCUUAAGUUCUCAGAGUCUACGUACACCCCCCCUGGUUACAUCUCUGAGAUGGAGAAAGUGGGGAAACAGGGAGAUAUCAUCUUGGUGUCAGGACUGAAAACGGGCCACGCUAAGCUCAAGGCCAAAAUCCAAGAAUCUCUCUAUAAGGAUGUGGGUGCAGCAGAGGUGAAACUGCUGAUUCUGGAGAACAUCCUACUGAGCCCUGCACAUGAUGUCUACCUGCUGGUGGGCACAUCCAUCCAAUACAAGGUCCAGAAGAUCAGGCAGGGAAAGAUCACAGAGUUAUCCAUGCCCUGUGACCAAUAUGAGCUGCACCUCAAGAACAGUGUGGCUGGGCCUGAUGGAAACCAAGAGCUGGCAGUGGCUAGUCUGGACCAGAGCACCUCCACUGUCAAUGGCCUGCACCUGGGACAAAUCAACGUGGUGCUGGAUCACAAGAGCCUUCGCAUGCAAGGGGUGUCUCGUCUGCCCAACGGGACUCUGUAUGUGGUGGAACCAGGCUACUUGGGAUUUAAGAUUAAUCCUGGAGAGAGCUGGGUCCUGGAAACUGGACGAGUGUAUAAUAUCCUCAUCGAAGUGUUUGACAAGUCAAGCAAUAGGAUUUACUUAUCUGAUAACAUUCGGAUCGAAGCUGCCUUCCCAGAGGAGUACUUUGAGAUUCUGGAGUCGUCCCUGAAUGGCUCCUACCACCGUGUCAAGGCUUUGAAAAACGGGCUAACACUAAUUGAAGCUGUGCUCAAAUCGGUGGUGGAUCAAAAUGGAAGAAUCCAUGAGCUGGCCAACACAGUCCAUAAUGAACAGGAUGUCGAAAUCUACAAUCCCAUAGUCCUCAGUCCCAGUAUCCUCACGUUUCCAUGGCAGCCCAAGGUUGGAGCCUACCAGUACACAAUACAGGCAGCAGGAGGCAGUGGGAAUUUCAGCUGGUCCUCCUCUAACCUAGCCGUUGCCACAGUGACAGUCAAAGGAGUGAUGACGACCGUCAGUGACAUCGGCGUCAGUGUGGUGUACGCCCAUGAUGUACGCAACCCAAUGCACUAUGGCGUGAUGAAGGUGUAUGUGGUAGAGCCCGUGGGGAUGGACUUCUCUCCCUGCCCGGUGGAGGCACGUGUGGGGCUGGUGCUGGAGCUGCCCCUCCGGAUCUUUGGCUUGCUAGGGGAGGGGGGAAAGUGGGGAGUGGAGCAGCGGGUGAUGCUGAGCGACUGCAGUCACUUUGACCUGCAGGUGGAGGAGGAGACCCAGGGAGUGUUCCAGCUGCUGGAGGGUAGGCUGGCUCCAGGGCAGGACCACUGCAGUGGGGUACGGGCCCAGGCUCUUGCCCCAGGAUACACAACCCUGACGGUCAGCUACACCCAUGGCAACGUCCACCUCAGCACCAAGAUCACCAUUGCUGCCUACCCACCACUCAGAGCUGUGGAUCCUGCCUCUGUUGCCUUGGUGACCCUGGGCUCCUCUAAGGACAUGCUUUUUGAGGGCGGGCCCAAGCCCUGGGUCCUAGAACCCUCCAAGUUCUUCCGGAACCUAAAGGCUGAGGAUGAGAACAGUGUUAGCCUGGCUCUGACCGGGCCCACCUCCCGCAGCUACCUCCGACACUGGGUCAGAGCCACCUGUAGAGCCCUGGGAGAACAGGUAUUGGCACUUACUGUGGGGAACCAGCCUAGUCUGACCAAUCCCUAUCCUGCGGUGGAGCCAGCAGUGGUGAUGUUUGUGUGCGCCCCUCCCUCUCGCCUCACCUUGGUCCCUGUGUACACAAGUCCCCAACUGGACCUUACCUGCCCUCUGCUGCAGCAGAACAAACAACUGGUGCCUGUCUCGAACUACCGCAACCCUGUGCUGGACCUGGCUGCCUUUGACCAGCAAGGCAGGAAGUUUGACAACUUCAGCUCUCUGAGUAUCGUCUGGGAGUCGACCAAGGUGUCCCUGGCCAGUAUCGAACCCACCAUGCCAAUGGAGCUGGAAUUACUGCAGGACAGCAACAAACAGAAGAAACUUCAUGGUCGUCAGAUGGUCCUUGUCCACCACCAAUCUGGGACUGCUGCUAUCACAGUAACAGCUCUGAGUUACCAGGUCCCCCACCUCAAGGCUGCUAAGGUCCUCAGUCCGUUUGACCCGCUGACCCCUGUCUCAGCCACUCUGGAACUCCUAUUGGUGGAAGACGUAACCGUCAGUCCUGAAGCUGUCACCAUAUACAACCACCCUGACGUGCGGGCUGACCUAGCCCUGAGGGAGGGCUCUGGGUAUUUCUUUGUCAACACCAGCGUUGGAGGGAUAGCAGAUGUGGUGUACCAGGAGGCCCAGGGUUCUGCUGAGGUGCAUCCAGUCCAGCCGGGGACAGUGCAGGUGAUGGUUCAUGACCUCUGCCUGGCCUUCCCGGCCCCUGCUACGGCUACGGUCCACAUCUCGGACAUCCUGGAGGUUUAUGUCCGAGUGGUUGACAAGGUGGAGAUUGGUAAAUCUGUGAAAGCCCAUGUCAGGGUUCUGGAUGACAACAAGAAGCCCUUUUUGGCCAAAUAUUUCCGCUUUUUGAAUCUGAAACUCAGUGCAGCGUCCGGUAUCAUCUCUCUGCAAGCACUUUCAGAUCCCUCCGAGAAGGACACGGCAAUCUUCCUGGUCAAAGGCUUAGCAAUUGGACAGACGAGCGUGUCUGCUAUGCUAGUAGACAAAACUGGAAGAAAGAUUGCAUCUGCUCCUCAGCAAAUCGAGGUGUUCCCACCAUUCAAACUGAUCCCCAGGAAAAUGACUCUGAUAAUCGGAGCCAUGAUGCAGAUCACAUCCGAGGGCGGCCCACAGCCCCAGUCCAACAUCCUCUUCUCCAUGGCCAAUGAGGAGAUGGCAUCUGUCAACGACAUGGGUCAUGUCAGGGGCGUUGCCAUUGGCAACGUCACGGUUACAGGACUGGUUCAAGCUGUCGAUGCCGAGACUGGGAAGCUUGUUGUUGUCUCUCAGGAUCAAGUAGAGGUCGAAGUUGUGCAAUUGAGGGCCAUUCGCAUCCGGGCCCCUAUCACCAGAAUGAAGACUGGGACACGGAUGCCUGUGUAUGUGAUAGGGCUUACCAGCAGUCAGACCCCCUUCUCCUUUGGCAACACCCUGCCUGGCCUCACCUUCCAUUGGUCCACCACCAAGAGAGACAUCCUGGACCUCCAAUCACGACAUGCCGAGGCCUCUUUUCAGCUCCAGUCAGAGCAUAACUUUGCUAUGAGCGUAACAGGGAAGACUAAAGGAAGGACAGGGCUGAAGGUGGUGCUCAAAGUCAACGACCCAAAGGCUGGACAACUGGAGAGGAAGCUACUAGAGCUCAGUGAUGAACUUCAGAUCCAGGUUUAUGACAAGCUGCACAUGCUUAAUCCAGCUGUGGAGGCUGAGGAGAUACUGAUGGCUCCCAACUCUGGGCUCACACUCCAGACUAACCGGGAUGGUGUGGUUGCUCUCUCCUACCGGGUGCUGGACUGUCCCAACCAGGCUACCAUUGUCCAGGUGGAUGAGAAGGGCCUCUUGUCCUCUGGCUCGCUCACUGGCUCCUCCUCCCUGCUGGUGACCUCACAGGAAACCUUCGGUGUCAAUCAAACCCUGGUCCUCGCAGUGAAGGUGGCCCCAGUGUCGUACCUGCGUUUCAGCACCAGUCCAGUCAUCAACAACCCUUCCAGGGACAGCCUGUCUGCUAUUCCUCUGGGCAUGGUGCUUACUUUCACUGUUCACCUCCAUGCGAACACUGGAGAGGUCCUUCACAGCCACAACUCCCUGCUCACGUUCACCACCAACAGGGAUGACCUGGUGCAGAUGGGCCGGGGCCCGGGUAACAACACCCUGACGGUGCGGACAGUCAACGUGGGCCUCACCCUGCUGGCCGUGUGGGACGAGGAGCAGGCAGGCAUGGCUGACUACCUGGCGCUGCCCGUUCAGCACGCCAUCCACCCCGAGGACGCCACGAGGCUGGUGGUGGGAGACGUGGUCUGCUUCAGCGCCCAACUCCUCAGCCCCCAAGGUGUCCCGGGUACCUGGAGCUCCUCAUCCACUGGCGUGCUGCAGGUAGACUCUAAAAUGGGCGUGGCCGUGGCAAGAGACGCAGGCACCACCACUGUCUACUAUGAGAUCCCUGGGCUGCUGAAGACCUACAGAGAGGUGGUGGUGGAGGGGGCCACCAGGACAGCGGUGAUGGCUCACCCUGCAGCGGUGAGGGGGGACAGGAUACUGCUCACUACCAGAGAGACGGGAACCAACCUCGUAGGCUCCUGCUCCUCUGCCCAGACCGCCUCCAUCGCCCUGCUGCACCCAGAGACCUCCGUCAGCUGCCGUCUGAGCUUCACCAGCGACGCCGUCGACUUCUCCGCCCAUGACGUCUACCUCACACACAUCAGCUUCGACCCCAGCACCGGCUUCUACUCCUGCUCUCUGACCCUGCAGUCUCUGAGUGACCAGCAGACACGGGUGCUGAGCCUGUCCAUGACCAGCCUGUUGGUGAGGGCCGGGGUGGAGGGCAGUGCCUUCUCUGGGGAGCAGGUCAGUGCCAGGCUGCCCGUGGAGACAGGCCUGUAUUCUGACCAGACAGAGCUGCUGCUCAGCAACCUGCAGCCCGACGCAGAGCUCACUGUCUACGGCCCUACCGCAGCACUCGGCAGCCUGGAGGUGUCGUCCAGCUCUCCGUCCAUCUCAAUCCAGGAGAGAGAAGUGUUCCACGGCUUCCCCAGUUACUCUAAGUACACGGUCAGUGUGGUGGACCCCCAGGCUGCAGCCUCAGCCUCCAUGUCCAUAACCAGCUCAUCCACUGGCCAGAUCCUCGUCAUCCCAGUCACCGUCAUCCACGUGACUGAUCCCAGCACCACAAUGCAAGCUGCUGCUUCCGUGGUUGCCAUGGAGGGAUCCCAUUUCCUGCAGGCCUUCAUAGACUCUUACCAGAUGAUGUUCUUCACCAUCUUCGCGCUACUGGCUGGCACCGCCAUCAUCAUCAUCGUGUGCCAUGCGCUGUUCUCUCAGAGGGACUUAGCGCCUCACCCAGCCUUCAUUCAGAGGACACCGUCCCCUUCAGGUUUUGCCUCACCCGUCUCAAACUCCUUCACCAACAACAUGACCUCCCCGGACACAAGGAGCAGCCACAAACUACGACUCUUCUCCCCAGACUACAACUCCCGGUAGGGAUCCCUACAGUACCUACCCCAGCUUCUGACAACACCCCAGGCCUGAACUCUACAUGGGAUUGGGCAGUGGUGCCUUUGUCACUCAGAGGAGAAUGGCAGAGAAUCUUACUGCUUAAUUCGGUCAUAUGUCAUAUACAGUAUUCAAAAGUAUGUGAAGUUUGUUUUAAAAAAGGGGCAAACUCAUACAAAGUUGCAUUUUCAUUUAGUCAUGCAUUGAUGUCAAUGGGAGACUAAGUGAACGUUUGACUUAAACGGAAGUUAUGAUUUGCCCCAAAAUGUGCACUUCAAUUAGGACUGAAAACGGACUUUAAGCAAUAUGAAGUCAACAGGGCUAUCUGUGUGUGUGUGUGUGUGUGUGUGUGUGUGUGUGUGUGUGUGUGUGUGUGUGUGUGUGUGUGUGUGUGUGUGUUCUCAAUUGGGUAAAAGUCUGUCCUCUCCUCGACGACUCCUCUCCAACAUGACUCGGAAACCGAUAAGUGGUCGCCACAUGUAGGAGGGUGUAAAUUCGUGAACUGAGAAGUUUGAUCGUCUCCUUGAUACGCUACUUAUCUGUUAUCUAUAAAAUGUCUGGCGCAACCAGCAACAUUUAUUUUUACCACGUAACACAUAUUUUGGUAUUCCUCCUCUGCAAAUGUAAUUUGCCUUAUGAUGCGCAAGUGGAGAAGUCUCAUUUCAUACAAGCACAUUUGUUUGCACGUUUCCUGGAGUCCCUUUGACCAUUUUCAAAAAGAGGCGAGGAGAGGAUGGAGGAAAGGAUGCUAGGAGUCGAGCAACACCAAUUGAGAAUCUCCCGGUGUGUAUGUGAAGCAAGGCACAAACCAUCCCUGCCCCAACUGCAACAAGAUUUGUAGGUCACGGAUUGGCCUGAUCAGCCAUCUCCGGCCCCAUGACCAGUCAGACCAUGUGUGAAUCAUGGUGUGUGUUUUUGUGUGUGAAGCAUGGUACAUUUAAACUAGUUUGCUUUUUUGUUUUUGUACUCUGUUUUCAGUAUUUGUAGUUAUACCGUGUUAUGUUUGAUUUCAUACCAAUACUUAACUGUUGCAGCCUCUUAAAAUUAACUAAUUUAUACUCCCAUUUUGCUUUUCACAUUUAAUAGUUUUGCUUUUCAAAAAUGUACUUCUAAGCUUGAAGAUAUGUGUUGUUGAUCAAGAAUUGUUGCUUUGAAACUCAGGAAUUUGACAAACUACUCUCCUGGAUGGCCUAGUUGUCAGCAGCAAGUGAUAACGCGAAGAUGCUGAUUUCAGGUUAUGUUUAAAUGUUAUUUUGGGGGAAAUGUAGCAUAUUGAUUUUGUGAAGUAUAACCACUGAAUCCGUCCAUUUUGUUAGUGUGCAUAUUAAUGACAUACCACCUAUGUUCAAACGCAGGAUAUGGUCAGUCUGUAUGUUCACUUUGAAGACGUUCUUGUUUUGAGACUCGGUUGUAUUUAACCAUUUUUUAAACGCUUUGGUCAGUACAGUGCUUAUUGAGCCUAAAGAAAGGCAGCUCUUCUGUCAAUCACCAAUGUGAAAUAGUUUGGAAAUGUGAACCAUGUUUCAGUUUUUCAUUAUAUACCGAACCAAAAUAUAAACGCAACAUGCAACAAUUUCAAAGAUUCUACUGAGUUACAGUUCAUGUAAGGAGAUCAGUCAAUUGAAAUGAAUUCAUUAGGCCCUAAUCUAUGGAUUUCACAUGACUGGGAAUACAGAUAUGCUUCUGUCGGUCAAAGAUGCCUUACAAAAAAUGGGCCUCACAAUGGGCUUCAGGAUCUCGUCCCGGUGUUUCUGUGCGUUCAAAUUGCCAUCGAUAAAAUGCAGCUUAUGCCUGCCCAUACCAUAACCCCACCGCCACCAUGGGCACUCUGUCCACAACGUUCACAUCAGCAAACCGCUCGCCCACAAGAUGCCAUACACGUGGUCUGCGGUUGUGAGGCCGGUUGGACGUACUGCCAAAUUCUCUAAAACGACGUUGGAAGCAGUUUAUGGUAGAGAAAUUAACGUUCAAUUCUCUGGCAACAGCUCUGGUGGACAUUCCUGCAGUCAGCAUGCCAAUUGCAUGCUCCCUCAACUUGAGAUAUCUUUGGCAUUGUGUUGCGUGACAACUGCACAUUUUGAAGUGGCCUUUUAUUGUCCCCAGCACACGGUGCACCUGUGUAACGAUCAUGCUGUUUAAUCAGCCUCUUGAUAUGCCACACCUGUCAGGUGGGUGGAUUAUCUUGGCAAAGGAGAAAUGCUCACUAACAGGGAUGUAAAUAAAUUUGUGCACAUUUUGAGAAAUAAGCUUUUUGUGCAUAUGGAAAAUUUCUGCAAUCUUUUUUUUCAGCUCAUGAAACAUGGGACCAACCACUUUACAGGUUGCGUUUAUAUAUUUGUUCAGUGUACAAUCCCUUCAGUAUCUUAUCAUCCGAAGUGAACUAGCAAUGUUGUAAAUUACCUAUGUAUUACGAGGCAUAUGUUCAUGUACUGUAUGUAUGCGCCGAAGGCCUUGAAGCAAGCUCUGAUAAGUUAUUAUUGAGGCCUAUUGAGACUGCACUGCAAUUUUUUGGAAGAAUAAUCACUAUUUUGGUAUUUGGAGAAAGAAAGCUGUGAAACUUUCAAGGUGAUUUAUGUUGAAUGCUUUCAGUCUUAAUGUGCAGACAGUGUAUUAUUCCCCUGCUUUCCUUGUGUUUUAAGCGUCUUGCCUUACUCAUCUCACAGCAGUGCUAUGCAGCGAAGGGGAAGUACUAGAAUUGCCGUCCGGCGUGAGUGUUUGUGAGAUCAUUGCUGAAUAAUAAACAUUUUACUUUUCAAA